UUCAAUAAAACCAACCUUCUUAUCACUUUCUCUUUCUCUCUUACGCUCUUCUUUCUUUCUUUCAAAAGAGAAAACAAAACCCUCAAAAUCUCCCACUUUUGUUUUCUUCAUAAAACAAUAAUCCCCACUUCCAAAAAUGGUGGCCGACCGGAGAAUCUCUGGUUGCUCUGACAUAAGUAGCAUCGGGGUCCACGUAAUCACUGGACGGUGGUUCGUGGUGUUCGCUUCACUCCUAAUCAUGGCAGCGGCCGGAGCGACGUACAUGUUCGGCUUGUACUCAAGCGACAUAAAAUCUGUUUUGGGUUACGACCAAACGACGUUGAAUUUGCUGAGUUUUUUCAAGGACUUAGGUGCAAACGUCGGCGUUUUGUCUGGACUUAUUAACGAGGUUACGCCGCCAUGGGUGGUUCUAUCUAUCGGCGCCGUAUUGAACUUCUUUGGUUACUUUAUGAUUUGGCUUGCCGUUACUCGUCGGAUCUCUGCGCCUAAAGUUUGGCAGAUGUGUCUCUAUAUUUGUAUUGGAGCCAAUUCUCAAUCCUUUGCAAAUACGGGUUCUCUCGUCACUUGUGUUAAGAACUUCCCUGAAAGCCGUGGAGUCGUUCUUGGUAUCUUGAAGGGAUACGUCGGGCUGAGCGGUGCCAUUAUCACACAACUCUUCCACGCAUUCUACGGCGACGACACCAAAUCCUUAAUUCUCCUCAUUGGAUGGCUUCCGGCGGCCAUUUCCUUCGCAUCUUUACGCACAAUUCGUAUCAUGAAAGUCAUCCGUCAACCAAACGAGCUCAAAGUCUUCUACAACUUCCUCUACAUUUCUCUUGCCCUCGCCGGAUUCCUAAUGCUAAUGAUCAUUGUAGAAAGCAAAAAACAGUUCAAUCAAAACGAAUACGGUGGCAGCGCCGCCGUCGUCCUCCUUCUCCUCAUCCUCCCACUUGCUGUAGUCAUCAUCGAAGAGUACAAUCUCUGGAAACUCAAAACCGCUGUCAUUAAAUCCCCGAAUCCCUCUGUUCAAAUCGUAACAGAGAAACUCCCAAAAACAGAGCAUCCAAAACAAGAGCGAAAAGAACCAUCUUGUUGGACAACAAUUUUCAGCCCACCACAACGUGGCGAGGAUUUCACAAUUCUUCAAGCUCUCUUCAGCGUCGACAUGCUGAUUCUAUUUAUCGCUGCAAUCUGCGGUGUCGGUGGAACGUUAACAGCGAUUGACAAUUUGGGUCAAAUCGGAUUGGCUUUGGGAUACCCAAAAAGAAGCAUUAGCACAUUUGUAUCAUUAGUCAGCAUUUGGAAUUACCUCGGUCGAGUUGCCUCUGGUUUCAUCUCUGAAAUUGUUUUGACAAAAUACAAAUUCCCUCGUCCUUUAAUACUCUCUCUAACCCUUCUUCUGUCCUGUGUCGGCCAUUUGAUGAUCGCAUUUGACGUCCCAAAUGGGUUAUAUGUAGCUUCCAUCGUAAUCGGAUUCUGCUUUGGUGCACAAUGGCCGUUGAUUUUCGCCAUAAUUUCAGAGCUUUUUGGGUUGAAAUAUUACUCAACGCUUUACAAUUUCGGGUCGGUCGCGAGUCCAAUUGGGCUAUAUGUUCUGAAUGUGAAAGUGGCUGGGAAUUUCUAUGACAGAGAAGCAGAGAAGCAGCUCGAAGCAAAAAGGAUUAUACGAAAAGCAGGGGAAGAAUUAAAGUGCUUUGGAGGGGAAUGCUUUAAGCUUUCAUUCAUCGUAAUCACAGGAGUUACUUUAUUGGGUAUGUUAGUUUCAUUGAUUUUAGUAAUUAGAACAAGAAGUUUCUACAAAAGUGAUAUUUAUAAGAAGUUCAGAGAUGAAGUUGAAACAACAGAGGUGGCCGGAAAUGGGGUUGUAGAGGCCGCCGGUGUACCAGAAGAGAGAAGAAAAUGAUGGGAAUGUAGAAAAGACAAAGGGAAAAUUAAAAUGUAUGAGUAAAAUCCAAAUGGGUUGAAGUAGAGAGAUGAGAAUGAUAGAAUUAAGACAAUUUUAGGUUGAUUUUUGGGUUUUCUUUUACUCAUCUCUUGGCUUUUGUUUGAAAGCACAAAGUUUAUCCUUUUGUGAAUAAGUUUAUAAGCAAAAGAAAAAGAAACAAAGAGUUAAGAUAAGGUUUCUAA